AUUGGCUGUACGUUCGCACGCAUUUAUUAUUUGGGCGGAGUUGUUGUUAAUAUAGAACCUUUUAUUCGUUAUAUCAUAAACAUCUGGUCCAAGAGUUUUCCCAUAGGUCCUAGAAGUUGAGAUGUCUUCUGCAGUGGCCAUGGAGGCCACCCGGAGGCGCCAGAGACUCAGCUCUAACGGGGGGGUGUCUGAGACAACAGAGGAACCUGCAGGGCAGUGGGGAAGAGCAUGGGAGGUGGACUGGUUCUCUCUGAGCGCUGUGAUCCUGCUGCUGUGCACAGCCCCCUUCCUGGUGUUCUUCUUCGUCAUGGUGUGUGACCAAUACCAGUGCUCGGUCAGCCAGCCCCUGGUAGAGCUCUACAGUGGAGAGGCCACCCUGCUCUCCAUCUGGGAAAAGGCCCCCUCCUUCACCUGGACUGCUGCUCAGAUCUACACCGUCUGGGUCUCCUUCCAGGUGGUGCUCUACAUGUGUGUUCCUGAUAUCACUCAUAAGUUCCUGCCUGGUUAUGCUGGUGGGGUUCAGGAUGGAGCUCGCACCCCAGCAGGCCUCAUAAACAAGUAUGAGAUCAACGGUUUACAGUCGUGGAUAAUCACCCAUGCCCUAUGGUAUGCCAACGCUCAAUACUUCCACUGGUUUUCCCCCACCAUAAUCUUCGACAACUGGAUCCCACUGCUUUGGUGCACCAACAUACUGGGCUAUGUUGUGUCCACCUUUGCCUUUGUCAAGGCCUACCUCUUCCCCACCAAUGCCGAGGAUUGCAAAUUCACAGGCAACGUCUUCUAUAACUACAUGAUGGGCAUUGAGUUCAAUCCCCGCAUCGGGAAAUGGUUCGACUUCAAGCUCUUCUUCAACGGGAGACCUGGUAUUGUUGCCUGGACUCUAAUCAACCUCUCCUAUGCAGCCAAACAGCAGGAGCUCUAUGGCUAUGUGACUAACUCUAUGAUCCUGGUUAAUGUGCUGCAGGCAAUCUAUGUUCUCGACUUCUUCUGGAAUGAGGCAUGGUACCUGAAGACGAUUGACAUCUGCCAUGACCACUUUGGCUGGUACCUGGGCUGGGGAGACUGUGUGUGGCUGCCCUUCCUCUACACGCUGCAGGGCCUGUACCUGGUGUACAACCCAGUCCAGCUCCCCACAACCCAUGCUGCUGCUGUCCUCCUCUUGGGUCUGGUGGGUUACUACGUCUUCCGCUCCACCAACCACCAGAAGGACCUGUUCCGCCGUACCGAGGGGAAGUGCUCCGUCUGGGGCAAGAAGCCCACCUUCAUUGAGUGUGCCUACCGCUCGGGUGACGGCGGCCUGCACCACAGCAAGCUCAUGACCUCUGGCUUCUGGGGCGUGGCACGCCACCUCAACUACACGGGCGACCUGAUGGGCUCGCUGGCCUACUGUGCAGCCUGCGGCUUCGGCCACAUUCACCCCUACUUCUACAUCGUCUACAUGACCAUCCUGCUGGUGCACCGCUGUGUGAGAGACGAGCAUCGCUGCAGCAGCAAGUACGGCAAAGACUGGAAGCGCUACACGGAUGCAGUUCCCUAUCGCCUGCUGCCUGGGAUCUUCUAGAGUCGAGUCAGAGGUUGAAGGAAUCCCUGCAUCCUGAAAGAAGUUUAACAGAAGAAGGAGAUGUGUGUUAAAUGGACUGUUCACAUUCCAUGGGAAAGAUGUUGAUGAAAUUUUGAGCAAAAUGUGUGUGUGUCUGUGUGUUGCCGUGGUGUCUUGGUACUAUGGUACAUAGACACUAUGAGAAACUCAGAAAUGGAUUUCUAAUUCAAAUCUGUGAACACCACAUAACCAUACCGUAGCAGUUAGUUGCCAUGGGUAAAGUAACUACAGCUACAAGUGAGCAAUAAUCUAGAUGUUUUUUUUUUUUUGACAAUGCACUGUCUGACAAAUGUGUCUUCUACUUAGGGAUCGGUACAACAUUACAUGAUGCUAACAGCAGACUAGUAUAUUAUGUUCAAGAAGCAGUUACAACUAUACAAUGAUUGUUCCUGCGAAAAUUCAUUUGUCUUUAUGCCUGUCAAUAUGUUUGAGGUACCUGUUAUUUUAAAGUUUUGUUGGAUAAAGCUUUUACUUUAUCCAACAGUGUUUUUUGCCAUUUGAUUUUUUACCUUAUCUGCCUUUCCUAAAGUGAUAACUUAGAAAAGUAAAUAAACCUAACAUUCUGAUUUCUUUA